AUCAGUUCCUCUUCUUCCACUCCCCAGGUCCCUCCAUUCUUAUGGGCCUGGAGUAAUGUGAGGAUUCCAGAUCGGAAUGUUCCUUUUCUUUUCGGCUAUCCAUUGGUAUUUAGGAAAUCUUGUUCUAUUUGGUUGCAUGAUGAUGGCAUUACACGUCGUGCUUGCUGUGUCCCCGGUGGUAUUUGUCUAACUAGUAUUUCGGAGCUGCCAUCGCCAUUGGAGAAAAUCUGAAACGCCUGAAUCCUCGAAAUUUCCCUUUGCCAGAGGAUCAAUGUGUAUUCUUGCCGAUAAAUAUGAUGCACCAUGGCUUGAACUGCUGAGAAUAUGUAAUUUAUUGAACGUUUGUCUGGGUUCGCAUACUUCCAAGAGGAAGAAUUCUUCCGGUUUACAUUUCAUUAAUUUUGACCCAUUUCGGCAUUACAGUUUCGUAGUCUAAUGAAAGUUCUUUAUUCUGGCAAAUGGUCAUUGGAAUCAUUUUUGUAUAUGGAUCCGGAUCUUUCACUUAUCAGGAUAUGAACCAUAUAUGGAACGGUGGUGUUUGACCUACUUCAAACUUCAAAGUAAUGUUUGUGUAACAUUCAAGCAUGUGCUCACAUGAACAACCAUUAGAAAAUCGUGCAAUUUGUAUAACUAUAAGCAUAAAAAGCAUCACGUGAUGUUUCAUGCUUCCAUUUUGCUCUCAUAUAUGCCUGUUUAGUCCAUACUAUCAUAUGCUCACAUGAGCAGUAAACAUCGCCCGAGAGUGCAUUUUAAAACUGACUCUGUAGGCUGUAGACUUUGGCUAGCUUGGUGUCCAGUUUCAGUUUCUCUGUUUUGAGCUUCAGUUUCUGUUUCGCCUUUUCCUUUGGCUAGCUUAGGACCCUUUGUUUCUUUUAUAUUCGGUUCCCCGUUUUUAAACUUCGCAACUGGCUGUCUUUUGACUGUUAUGCUUGUUUCUCGUAGAGUUUGCGAAAUUGGAUGAGGUCUUGGAACACAUGGUUAUUUAAAAUGCAUCUAUAUCUGAUAAUGAAACAUGUAUACUCCUAGAUAUUUCUUCCACUAACUAUUUGGCAUAAAGUUCAUUUCUGGACUCCGUUUAGAAAACCCCGGACAAUAUCUCGCUAUUUGUUCUUUAUUUGGCUGAAAGAAGUAUAUUCGACACCUUUUUGUUUUACUGGUGAAGAAUGUUAAAGCUGAAAUAUUAUGCUAAUUAAUUCCUUCAUGUUCAUUCCAUUUUUCAAGACAAGCAUGUUUAGCACAGUAAAGGUCCACAAUGUCUCACUUCAAGCAUCAGAACGAGUUAUCAAGGAGUUCUUUAGCUUUUCUGGUGACAUCGUACAUGUCGAAAUGCAAAGUGGUGAUAAGCGUUCUCAGUUCGCCUACAUCACCUUCAGAGAUGAGCAAGAAGCGGAGAGGGCAAUGCUUUUGACAGGCGCGACUAUAGUGGAUAUGGCUAUCAUCAUCACCCCAGCCACAAAUUACCAGCUGCCAGCAGCCGUUUUAGCUGAUUUAGAGUCAAAAAGUCCUAGUAGCAUAGAAGCUGCCCUUCGAAAGGCGGAGGAUGUUGCUGGUUCCAUGUUGGCCAAAGGAUUUAUUCUUGGCAAGGACGCCGUUGAAAAGGCAAAGACUUUUGAUGAAACACAUCAGCUCACGUCGACUGCAAGUGCUAAAGUAUCUUCCAUUGAUAAGAGUCUGGGCCUCAGUGAGAAGAUCAGCACUAGCACCAUAGUGGUGAAUGAGAAAAUGAAGGAAAUGGAUGAGAAAUACCAGGUUGCAGAGAAGACCAAGUCUGCAUUGGUAGCUGCGGAGCAGACCGUUUCUACUGCUGGUUCCAAGAUCAUGAGACACAGAUAUAUCCUUACCGGCGCAGCAUGGGUAACUGGUGCCUACAGCAAAGUUGCGACGACUGCGACUGAGGCCUACAACAAGGAAAGGGCGAUGGCUGAGCAGGAAGAUGAACUCGCGAAGAGUUCUGAAGAGGCAGGACAAGAGAGCAAGUGUCAGGAAAGUGAUCCAGCUAAGGUGCCUGUUCCAGAAAAUACUGAAACGGGCCAAAUGGCUGAUCAGGAGGGCGAAUGUCCAAAGACCAACAAACCAGAAGAUACUGAAAUGGGUAAUGGUGAGCAGAAAGGUCAAGAUGCUGAAAUCGCAAAGGCCCAAACUCAAGAAAACACUGGAAUAACAGCCGAGGAGCAUAAGCAUCGGGAGGCUGAGUUACCGAAGGCCAGCACGCCUGAAAGUUUUCUGAUGACUGAGCAAACUGAGCAGGAACACAAGCAACCGGUCACUGAAGUUGCAAACAGCGAUAUUCCAAGCAGCCCUGUAACCAUCCCCGUCUGCAUGGCCACUGAUGAUGCAAAUUCUAGCAAUUCCCCAAAGAAGCCCGGACCUGCCUAGGGAUGCAUUUGAUGAUUUAUUUGAUAGUGCAGCUGCAACUGAAUUAUAUUGUCUUCUAUAGUUUGCGUUGUCGAUGUGUUGUUGUUUUAUUGCGGAAGGAAAGUGGUGCCAUAAGCUUUAUUGUCUGUACAAAGUAACCAUGGUGUCUGUUUAUUUUCUA